AUGGUAUUCACACGCGACUCCCUAAUCCUCAGUGUAUUUGGAGGCGGGCUUUUGGGAGGAGAUGAGGUCCUGAGGGCCGCGUCCCGGGCGCGCGCCGCGGAGGAGGAGGAGGUGCCGGCCGAGUGGCUGCUCCUGCACGUGGUCCAGGGGCAGGUGGGCGCCGGGAAUUACAGCUACCUGCGGCUCAACCACGAGGGCAGGAUCGUGCUGGCCAUGCGCAGCCUGCGGGGCGACGCCGACCUGUACGUGUCCGACAGCACCCUGCACCCCAACUUCGACGACUACGAGCUGCAGUCUGUCACCUGCGGCCGGGACGUGGUCUCCAUCCCCGCGCACUUCCAGCGCCCGGUGGGGAUCGGGGUGUACGGGCACCCGUCACACCAGGACAGCGAGUUCGAGAUGAAGGUGUAUUUAGACCGGACGGUCCGGCGGCACCCGCUCGGGGACUCCGCUUACUCGGACGACGCGGAGGCGAGUCACACGCACACCUACGACCCCGAAGGUGCGUCUCAGGAGGAGGAAUCCGUGCUUUGGACGAUACUAAUCAGCAUUUUGAAACUGGUACUUGAAAUUCUUUUUUGAACUCUGUCUGCAGAACACCAGUAAUCUGUGAAGGUGAUGGCAGGAACCCAGCUGCUUCCACCCGGCUGGAAGC